UGCUAGAUUAGAGUAAUGAAUUGUAUACAUAUAGUGUUUCUAACAGACUUCUUGUUAUGGAACAGGUGUGAUGCUGAUCCAGAGGCUCUAGCAAAGUACUGCCUAGCAUUGGUCCGCAAAGACCGUGUGCUUGCUGAGCUUAGAGCAAGCAUGAUUGAACAACUUGAUGUGUUUCUUCAGUCAAAUACGAAGUCUUUUGUGGAUAAGUUCUUACAAGUAACGACGUCUCGGUCUUACAUACCUAAAGGCUCGGCUCCAACUGCUUCCUCAUCUAGUUCUUUCACACCUGAAUCAUUGUCAUCAAGUACAAACAAUACUGGUGAUAAUGGACCACCACCAUUACCUCCAAUGCCUGUGACAAAGCAGGCUUGUGGAAAUUCACCAGAUUCAACUACUCCACCAAAUGCUGUCCCUUUACCUGCAACGUCUGGGUCUUGUAUCAUAAUGCAUCCCACACCACCACCUCUGCCACCAAGUUCAACUAUUGUUCCUCCACCUCCACCACCUCCUGAGUCUGCUCCACCACCGCCAAUUCCGGCCUCUGUGAUAGUUCGUAAAGAAGAGGUGUCUUCCUCUCAGCGAUCAAGAAAAUCUGACUCGGAUCGAGACCGGGAUGAAAGAAGGGGUCGACGUAGGUCUCCAUCCCGGGGAAGGUCUAGGUCAAAAUCUCGAUCAAGAUCACGAAGUAGGGAUAGGUUGAGAAGGUCAAGAUCCAGAGGACGUGCCGGCCGUAGCAGAUAUGAAGACAGAAGACGUAGAUCACCGCCAAAUAAAAGAUGAGAAGCGUGAUAGUCCUUUGCAUAAUUCUCCAUCCACUGAUGUGAGGGUUGAACCACGGUCUGAAAGUAAUACGGUCAUUCAAAGUGUUGUUGCUAAACAUCCUGACUUUCAGACUCCUGUUUCUGCAAAGAAGCAAAGAUGUAGAGAUUAUGAUGAAAAAGGUUAUUGUAUGCGGAGGUGAUAUAACUUGUGUCCAUAUGACCAUGGCUCUGACCCAGUAGUACUUGAGGGAAUUGGAGGAGUGAUGGAUUUUCCACCACCUCCUGUGCCUGGUGGAGGUCUUGGCUCUACAGGAUAUUCUCCAGCCUCUGAUGCAUCUCAGGGAGUGCCGAAUCCUAGACAGCCACCCAUGCGACACAUGCAGUACGGUGAAUAUACACCUCGUGAUCCUAGUUUAUGGGGUGGUCAGCCAAGUAGUUCAGGUGGACCCUACUACACUGGAGGACAAGGAAGGGGUGCUGGUUCUGUAGGUUUAAGAUUCAGUGCCCCACCACCUCCCAUACCCACUGGAUCUGCCAGAGAACUAAUCAGUGUUCCAGUUAAUAAUGGGAGCCUUAUAGAGACUAGUGUUCGCCCCUCCCUGGCUAAAAGAUUGGGACCUGCAGUACCUUCAUCACAUGUACCAUCCUCUAUGUCAGUACGACCUGAAAUUGACAAUUGCACUCUAGAAUUGAGGAAGAUUCCUCCUGGCUUAAACACCAUCUCUCACCUGAAUGACCAUUUUGCUAAAUUUGGUACAAUUGUUAAUAUUCAGGUACAUUAUGAAAAUGACCCAGAGUCGGCCUUAGUUACAUUUACAAGCCACUCUGAAGCCAAUGCAGCAUAUAGAAGUACAGAAGCAGUUCUCAACAACAGAUUCAUAAGACUGUAUUGGCACAAUUCACAGAGCAAAGGCGAUCGUCAAGGGUCUUACUCCACUUUUACAGGAAGACCAUCUCAUGAUAAAAUGACCAUUCGUCAUCCUAAUAAAACAUUAAACAAUAUUGUCGAUCCUGAAGAUAAGACUGAGAAGGUCAUACUAUCUGGUGGAAGUCUAGUCAAAACUGUCUACAAUACACAUGCCCUCCAUUCAGCUGUUGCUGCCAAUGCAAGCACAGUCUCCCCUACAGUAAAAUCUGUCACAUCUAGUACUCAAGUAACAUCAAUCUCUUCUGCUCUUGCCACUACUCAGAGCCCUGCAUUAUCAGCUGCAGACACUAAGAAGCAGGAAAUUGAUGCCAUUCUCAAACAAAGGGAACUCCUGGCUGCUGAGGUCGCUGCAAAGCAGAAAGUUGAGAAACAGAAAGCAGAGGCAUUGAAGCUUAAAUCUGAGGUUGAACAGAGAAAGAAGCAACUUAUUGAUAAACAAGUUCAGCAGAUGAAGGUUUUGGUUAAUAAACUGGAUACCAACAAAUCUACCAUGUCUGUGGCAGAAAAAAAGCUGCUAAUGGAGACCAUCAAGUCUCUUCAAGGUGCAGUAGAAACUACCCGGUCACAGAUAGUAGGUAGUGACUUGCCCAAAACAAAGACUCAGGUUGACCGAGAGGUUCUUGACACCGAAUUGGAACUUUAUUCCGUUCAAGCUGAGGGAGGCGACAUUACCAGGCUCCGAAAUCGUCUCAAUCAGUUGAAGGCACAGCAGAAGGCAGUCGGAUUUCCUUCUCGUACAAGGGCUAGUCCCUAUAGUUUAGGAAGGGGUGUUUACAGUGGAACACGUGGUCGUGGAAUGACUGUGGUUAGGGGGGCUGCUGUCAGAGGAAGAGGUAGAGGUAGGGGAACAAGAGGAUUUGGUUACUACUCCUCUUCAGUUGACAGAAGGACAACCAAAAUACAUGCUUCUGGCUUUGAACGAGAAGAUAAAGAGGAGGUUCUUGCUCACUUUUCUAGCUUGGGAUCAGUGACUAACUAUGUGUGGGAUGACCAGACCCCAGCAGUAACAAUCCAAUAUUCUGCUAGAAGAGAAGCUGAGAAGGCAAUGGUUGAGGGCAGAACGUUAGGAGACCGUCUGUUGACGUUGACCUGGUCCUUUGAAGCUGCCCUCCCACCUCGUACACAGGCCACUGCAACUGGGGUAAUAGGAAAUAAGCAUGUGUCCACUCACACCUUUACCAGUGUUACCCCUCACUCUACUACCCCCUUACUCUCUCCAGAAGAUACUUUGGAGGAAAUCACAGAGGAAAUUGUAGAAGAAGUGGAGGCAGAGGAGGGAGAAACACAAAACAUGUUUGAAGAGGAAGAAGAAGAAGUUGAAGAUGACGAGGAAGAAGUUAGGUCAUGGAGAAGGUAGAAUUGGUACAAUUUGAUGUUAUUACAAAAUAAAUUUAAUCCCUAUUCUAUGUGAUUGAUGUGUUAAAACUUUAUUGAUAAAUUAUUUUAGACAAAUCUGAGAGGCGUAGUAUAAAAAGGAUGGUAUGACCUGUAAGAGUUUAAUAUUGUUAAUGAUAAUGUAUUAGCUGCAGAUGUAUAUUUGAAUAUAGUAUCUUAAUUGUUUUACUUGCGUGCCAGACCCCACACAUAUUGGUGUAAUUUUCUUUUUAGGAUUACUAUAUGUACAUGAAUUCUAUUCUGUUGUACAAUCUUGGAAACAUGUACAGUACACAUACUUGAAGGAGUAUCACACUCGAAAAGAUCCUUGUAAAAGUUGAUGCAAGCCUUAAAAAGGAGCAUUCUGGUUUAAGGACACUGUAUGCUGCACAUCUAGUUUUUCAGUUUUGAAGAAUGGUCAUGAACAGUAGAAAUCCUCAAUCUUGAACUCCUUUUGAAAGGAACUCUGUGAUUAGUAAUCUUAAAUGGGAAAAAAUAUUUUCUCAUAAAUGGAAAAGAAAAUUUAUGCUAUCAGUUGCUGCAAUAAUACUGAACUAGCUAAUUAUGCUAUUUUCCAUAUUUGCGUGCACUGCAAAAAUAAUACUCGGUUAACAAUUGGAUUUUGAAUAAAAAAUCUACCUGACCUAGUACCUUUGUUCAGAAUAUAAGUUAGUGUUAACAGUUGAGCGUAUGUUAGUAAAUGUCUGUACCGUACCAACAGUGAAUAUCAAUUAUGGAAAUCAGUUAAGAAAUUUCAGUCAGAAUCUUAAUCAUUAAGAAGAAACCAGUCAAGAACUUCACCUUUGUGGUAUGAAUACUUAAUUCAAAAUAAUUGUAUUGAGUAUUUUAAAGCUUCAAGUCAAUAAGUUAGGUACAAUGUUUUAAACCUAUAGUAGCCUUGGUUCAAGUUAUACAAAAUGUUCGGUAGUGUAAUUUAUGGAUGUUUUUGUCCUGUCAUUGAAUCCCUGAGGCAUUCUCUAUUGUAUUUUAAUAAAUGGGGAAUGUCAGUUAGACAGAAGACCUUUAAAAGAAUAGCAGCUUCUUAUUAAUUUGUAGAAACUCCUAUCGGGCUCAGGACCGCCCAGAAUAUAAAUAUAGCACAGCUCUAAUUUAAAUUAUUCUGGUCAAGGUUCUUAGCACGUUAGAAAGACAAAAUUUACCUAUCACAAAUCAGGUUUCAGAGGAAGAUGGAAGUGAUUUAAAUCUGUAAGUCUUGUAUCAUUUCAAACACCAUCCAGAGGUUACAGCAGUGUCUUAAAAAAUGUUAAUGUACUGCACUACAGAAACAGCAUUAUUUUUAAUGCACAAUAACUAUCCCAUGUUGAACAGUUAAUGUUCUUUAGGUAUUUAGAGAGGAAUCUUUGUUUCCGUUUAGCAAAAAUGGAAACUUUCCAGAAUUGCCAGGAGAAGAAUACUGAAUGUUUGAAAUUUUAUUUUUAAAUCAUACCAUUGUAAUGCCUCACAACAUUACUGGAUCUUGAAAAGGAAAAAUUUUCUUAUAUCUUUCAGGAGUAAAGUGAUAAUGAGACUUAAUAGUGUGAGAUAAUUUAAUUGUUCAUUAGUGUGUCAGAUUAUGUACCUUAAACAAUGUGUUUUAUGUACUGUUUUGUAUUUGUUUUUCUGCAACUGUAAGUAGCUAAAAUACUCGCCUAUUGAAUGGUUUCCUCUGUGGCAGUCUUAUCUACAGUUUGAAAACAUUUAUUUUUACACUAUUAUCUCUGAAGUAGCUAGUCGAGAUGUAGAUAAGAGCUUUUUAUAAGGUGCAUUAUGCGUGACUUAGCAUUGCACUUUACAAAUCUGAAACAGUAAUACUGGAAUAUCAUUCCUUAAUCUUUCUUGUAUUAAGAGCUUGGCUCUUUGCGGGCUUUUCAAGGGUGCUAUCCAUUUACAACUCUUAAAUGAUGGAACUGCUUUUGAUUUAGAAAGGCUGUAGUCAAAUUUUAUAAUUGUUCCUGUUUAAGAAAAUUUUUAACGUAUUCUUGCUUACGUGAAAUGUAUAAAAGAUAGAUUCAUAGGCAAAUAAAAAUUAUGACAAGAAUGUGCUAUGCACAAAAGAAUGUUGGUUAACCUAUGGUUAUUUGAUAGCCUUGGUACCUGUAAUUGUACUUUGAACAAAAAAAUAUAUCACAUGCUUUAAUGCAAAAUAGCAAAGUAACUUGGAAACAAGAUCUUAAAUUUGCAUUGAGAGUUUUUUUCAUUGAAGGUUAAAGCCAAUGUUAGUGUUGACAGUCUUAAGUAACAGUUAUAUUCAGAUUUUUUAAAAGAAAAUCAUGAAGAUGUCAAGGGCUGUUGUCUUCAGUCCAAUUAAGUAAGACUUUAAAAAAUGAAAACACAAGUUAUGAAUAUCUGUAGAUUAUAAAUUUCGUCAGGGUAUAAAUCUGAUUAAAAUGAACUCUCUUGACAAAAUGCAUAGUACGUACAUAUAUUUUUUUCAUUACACAAAUACUUCACCUCAGUGUACUGAUUUUGCAUGGAACAACUUCACUUGUGUUAAUUGACUUAAUAUAGCUGUUACUCUGUACCAACAUGUAAAUAAUUUUGCAUUGUCAGUAACAAAACAGUUCCAUCAUGAAAGGUACGUUUAUGCAAAGUGGUUGGGACAAAAUGAUGUUAUAUUUUAGUUUGCUCAUCAUCCUUAUUGUUCAAGUCAUAACAGUUUUUAUAUAUAUACUGUAUUCCAGUAGCAGAGACCUAUUGUAUUAUGUUUGUUGGUUUAGUUAGAUUCUAAAGAUAGAAUUUACAUUUGUAUUAGGUUCACAGAUAUGUCCAUUUGAUAUAUUGAUAUUGUAUGAUGUACACCAUUGUAUAUAUUAUGCUGUUUGUAUUAAUGAAAUAUGAUUAAAAAAAUUUUAUGGACCAUAAAAAAGAUAGAAGAUAUAUGUGCAUGUAAAAAUAUAUUUUUCAACAUGCAAAGGUAAGGUCCUAAUUAAAAGAUGUGGUUCUUGGCUUUUAAACUUAGAAAAAAAAAGAUUACAGAAAAAAAGAUUAUCCCCUAAAUGUUAAGCAAACAAUAAAAAUGAACCACCACCAAAA